AUGCUUUCCAACAUCACAGCCUUCCUCGCUCUUGGAGCAAUUGCCCAAGCAGCUCCAACUCCAGCUCCAGGAGCUGCCUCUUCCGGUUCAGCAUCUCACAGUGUAACAGCAAUUCACAAUCCGAAUUAUGUUCGCAAUGGUACUGCAUCUUUGCUCAAGGCCUAUGCCAAGUACCACAUUCAGCCUACCCAACCAAUGUCUGAUGCGUUCAUAUCGGCACUCCAAAAGAGACAGGAUUCUUCUGCUCCAGCUUUCCCAGUCAAUGGUGUUGAGUAUCUCGUUCCUACUAUCGUUGGAGGUCAAACUCUCAACCUUGAUUUGGACACUGGUUCGGCAGACUUAUGGGUUUUCUCCUCUCUUCUAGCUGCCUCCUCUCGCAGAGGUCAUGACAUCUACACCUCAAGCAAGAGUUCCACAUUCAAGGCUCUCUCGGGUUACACCUGGAGCAUCCAGUAUGCCGAUGGAUCUGGAGCAAGUGGCACUGUAGGAACAGAUACCGUCAAGAUUGGUGAGACUACAGUCACUGGCCAAGCAGUUGAACUUGCCAACAGAGUCUCUUCUUCAUUUGUCACUGAUGAAUCUGAUGGACUCAUCGGUAUGGCUUUCAGCAGCAUUAACACUGUUGAACCAAGAGCUCAAUCCACCUUUUUUGACAAUGCCGAGAGCUCUCUCAGUUCCCCACUCUUCGCCGCCUACCUCCCAUUGAAUGCAGAUGGAGCAUACGACUUCGGAUAUACCGACUCUUCCAAAUACACUGGAAAUAUCACGUACACCCCUGUCGACUCCAAGAACGGUUUCUGGGAAUUCCCAUCUGCAUCUUACAAAGUCGGCUCUACCGUCCGCAGCUUAUCAGGAUACACUGGUAUUGCUGAUACAGGAACCACACUUAUCCUCAUGAGCGACGCCGUUAAUACUGCAUACUACGCUCAAGUCCCUGGUGCCAAUUACUCCAGCUCUUAUGGAGGAUACAUAUUCCCUUGCGAUGCUACUCUCCCUACCUUGUCGUUCAAAGUCGGUCCAACUGACUAUGUGACAAUUCCGAGUUCCUUGAUGAAUUUUGCAGUCGCGGAUGGAAACACUUGUUACGGCUCGCUUCAAAGUGUAGGUGGCGGUAGUCAGAACAUCUAUGGAGAUGUUUUCUUCAAUGCUUACUAUGGUGUUUUUGACAAGAGUGGACCUUCAUUUGGUUUCGCUACUAGUGCGUCUAUUUAA